AUGAGCAAAAACCUUCAAAGCACUGUGUUGAUGAUCCUCCUCACUGGCAAGCAUUGGAUCUUUGAUGACAAGAGCGGUACACUGGAAGAUGUGUUUGGGCUGGAUGAAAAAAUGUUUGAAGUCCUGAAUCCACACCUCACCAAUAAGCAGCGCAAGUCAUUGUGCGCGAUGAUCGAGGCGGUAUCACAGAGAAAGUCAGCUGAUGCACGUCACAAAGUCCUGGAAGGGAAGAGCGAGGGUGGAUGGAGUGCUGGUCGCAACACCUUAAAGAUCUGGUUUAAUAAACAAAAAAUAUCACUGAAAAUGGCCCAGCACAUUGACAAUGUCUGGGAUUCUCUAGGACUCUUACCCUUGCAACUCAUUCAAGAAGGACUGGAGGAGGGCAAAAAAUUUCCAAACAUCCUGGACUCUGAGCAUGCUAAGGAGGACAUGCUGAUUGCAAUCUUGGGAGACCAUACCAAUGAACCGCUCCUGCAUGGUGAUUUUUGCAAUGCAGCAACAACAAUCAACCACCAUGCCUGGGAGCGUCACUGUAAACACUUCAAGCAUGCCCAGGACUCAUUGCCCAGGAAGCGACUUACUGCGAGUGUGGCCAUCAAAGCAAUUGAGGAUGCAGACGAAGUGAGUGUGAAGAUGUUUUAUGACACUAUGAAAGCCGUCAAAGCUCUGCGCAUGACAGUGGCAUGGUUCCCACAGGAGGAUGACCAUGUUGCAGAAUAUGAAGAGUUCUUGAAGGAAGUCAUUGUGACUGUGAUUGCAAAAUCAAGGAAAGUGCCAAAGGAGAAAGUGACCAUAGAGAGCGAAAAGACUCCAGGCAGACAGUGGGGUGCUGUGUGUGUGCGGAAGGUCAAGGCAGGGUCCCUCACUGCAGCUGGUGAUGUUGAAGAGAUUUGGGCACUCUAUUUGGAGGUGCCCUGGGUUGAAGAUGAUGAUGAACCUAGUGGCAGAGAUGAUUGGAACAGUAACUGUGAAGAUCUUGGCAUGGAUGGUUGGCGAGAGAUGGACAAUGACACGUUGAAUCACCUCCUUCAGUUCCCUGGUGGCAAGCCACCGCUGUUUGCCAAAUUUCGAUCGAAAAAUGGUUUGUGUGCCUGGGAUGAGGAGAAAGAGGGUAAUACACCAGGUAUUCUAAUUGCUGACGAAGUCGGUGUCGGGAAGACAGCACUUACAAUGGGCACAAUUGCCUUUGCCAUCGAUGCAUACUGGGUGCAACGAGUGGCUGCUGGACGAGGCAAACCUGCCGGGGUGAUGUCAAAUAUCAACCUCAGCAACCUCCACCCAGCCCCCAUCCUUGGGAGCCAGUGCAUGGGUCAGCAGUGUGGCUCAUCAUGGUGCAUGUGGUCCCCUUGGGGAGCUGCAUGGGGUGGCUGGCAAAAUCUGCUGGGCAGCAUGUUGACAGUCCCCAGAGGGAGCUGUGGUCGAGCUGCAAUUCCCAAUCUGCCACAUGUCAUUGUUGUGCUGAAAUCCUUGAUCAAUCAGUGGUACUCCAAGCUGCACACCUUCUUUGUGCCCAGAGCCGUUGAGAUAUACAAGUAUCUGACAGCAGAAAUUGAGUUUGGAGAGUUCUGGAAUGGUCCUUGGGCCACAUUGACCACACCAUUCAUUCACCGCAUCAUCCUGGUCACUCACUCAGUCAUGGGCAUGGGCGGGAAAGUCUUCGACACACGCCAAGGUGUUGCAGGACACAACAGCAACAAAGUGGCCAACAAGACACAACAUCUAAAACUCCAUAAACAGGCACCUAAUUGUCUGUGGGCGGGCCAUGAAUUCCUCAUGGCUUCCAUUGAUGAAGUCCAUGAGAUGCGUAACCGAACUGCUAGCUCCUAUGUGGCCCUUGAGGUCACCAAGGCCUCAAUUAUUAAGCUCCUAUCAUUAGGCACUUUGUUGUACACUGGCCCGAUGGUACACCACAUGUCCUUCCUGGACCUUUGCAAUGUUGGUCGGUUAGUGUGGAUUCCACAUUUCAUGGGCAAGGAAGGUGAUGAGCAUGACAAAGAGCAUACCAAACAACUUCAAGCUAAGAUCAAUGACAUGCUGAAGCCGUACAAGAUGCUCAUUUUUCCUGUGCAUCUUGAUGAAACUGAGCUGGAGAUCAACAUGAGUGUCAUGGCACAGAUUACGGGCUCAUCUUUGGUUGCAGCACUGGAUUAUGGCGCAAGUUUCAAUAUGGUUUUCUACCUUGAUGGCCACACAAAAGUUGCAUUCCCACAUCACACUUCCCCAAUGUACCCCACUGUCAAGUCACUCACUGAGUGGGACAAGGUCAAGGACAAAGACGCAAGUACCAAGGCUGGCGAAUCGGCCAAAGUCUUAAGUCCUCCUCCUGCAUUGAUUGAGAAGGAUGCACAACCGCACGAGACACCAACCCUCAUCUCGCUGAAGCCCAAUGCACGCUAUGUGCCAAUGAAAGACCUCAUGACCAAGGGCACACACAAGAUCCUGGUAUACAUCAAAUUUCCUAUGAUGGCCCCCCUCCUCGUGUCUGUCCUGAAGUUGUUCAACAUCAUCCCUCUUGUUAUCCAUGGUGGACAUGGUAUUGAAGAGUGCAAUGAGACUGUGCAAAAGUUCCACUCCGACCCGAAGGACCAAUGUUGGUCUCGCAUGUUGGUCAAUCAGAUUAUUGGGCAAGCAUGGUGCCUGGGACAGCAAAGAGAAGAGGGUACUUCCAGGAUGGAUAUGAGCCAACAAUCAAAGAAAACAGCAGUUCGGUUAUGGAGAUAUUGCCAAAAUACUGACUUUUUAGCCCCACCACCAUAUGUCACAAAUACUGACCUCCAGAUGGUCUGGGACCAUCACCAAUUGAUUCCUACACCUGAAAAACCCCAGGACAGUCCUUUACAGUAG